AUGAAGCGGCAGAAUGUGCGCACGUUGGCGCUCAUCGUGUGCACCUUCACCUACCUGCUGGUGGGCGCCGCGGUCUUCGACGCGCUGGAGUCGGAGCCGGAGAUGCUGGAGCGGCAGCGGCUGGAGCUGCGGCAGCAGGAGCUGCGGGCGCGCUACAACCUCAGCCAGGGCGGCUACGAGGAGCUCGAGCGCGUCGUGCUGCGCCUCAAGCCGCACAAGGCCGGCGUGCAGUGGCGCUUCGCCGGCUCCUUCUACUUCGCCAUCACAGUCAUCACCACCAUCGGCUACGGCCAUGCGGCACCCAGCACGGACGGCGGCAAGGUGUUCUGCAUGUUCUACGCUCUACUCGGGAUCCCACUCACGCUCGUCAUGUUCCAGAGCCUGGGUGAGCGCAUCAACACCUUCGUGAGGUACCUGCUGCACCGCGCCAAGAAGGGACUGGGCAUGCGGCGCGCCGACGUGUCCAUGGCCAACAUGGUGCUCAUCGGCUUCGUCUCAUGCAUCAGCACACUGUGCAUUGGCGCCGCCGCCUUCUCCUACUACGAGCACUGGACCUUCUUCCAGGCCUACUACUACUGCUUCAUCACGCUCACCACCAUCGGCUUCGGCGACUACGUGGCGUUGCAGAAGGACCAGGCGCUGCAGACGCAGCCUCAGUACGUGGCCUUCAGCUUCGUGUACAUCCUCACGGGCCUCACAGUCAUCGGCGCCUUCCUCAACCUCGUGGUGCUGCGCUUCAUGACUAUGAAUGCGGAGGACGAGAAGCGCGACGCCGAGCACCGCGCGCUGCUCACGCGCAACGGGCAGGCGGGGGGCGGCGGUCUGGGCGGCCUGAGCUGCCUGAGCGCGGCCGUGGGUGACAGCGUGCACACCACCGACACAGCCUCGUCCACAGUGGCCGCGGGCGGCGGCGCGGGCGGCUUCCGCAAUGUCUACGCGGAGGUGCUGCACUUCCAGUCCAUGUGCUCUUGCCUCUGGUACAAGAGCCGCGAGAAGCUGCAGUACUCCAUCCCCAUGAUCAUCCCGCGGGACCUCUCCACGUCCGACACGUGCGUGGAGCAGAGCCACUCGUCACCGGGAGGAGGCGGCCGCUACAGCGACACGCCCUCUCACCGCUGCCUGUGCAGUGGGACACAGCGCUCGGCCAUCAGCUCCGUGUCCACGGGCCUGCACAGCCUGUCUACCUUCCGCGGCCUCAUGAAGCGCAGGAGCUCCGUGUGACCUCCGCGGGGCCUGGCGCCCCUGCGAGCCGGGUGGGGGCUCAGCCCAGUGCGGCAGGGGUCGGCCAGGAGGGCCCCAAGCCACCUUCGGCCAGUGGGACUCUCCCAGUGCCCCCACUUCUGUCCCCCAGCCCCAUCUCCGACUGUGCCUGCUCGCACCAGCUGGCAGGAGGCUGGGCUCUGAGGACCCCUGGAGCCCCCCCAUCCAAGCCCUGCAAAUUCCAAGAAAUGUGAAAACUUAGGGGAAGGGGGUCAAGGAGGGAAGGCAGAAGCUGGGAGCCUCCUGUCCUUUUGGAAAUCUAAGAAGCUCCUUAGUCCUCAGAGGCCCUGCUGGUACCCAGACCCCCACAGCCCCAGGGGACUUCUCGUUCCAUGUACGUUUUGCAUCUCUAUUUAUACCUCUGUCCUGCCAGGUCUCCCAGCUCCCCUUGGCUCCAAAAGCCAGGGUGUCUUUGUCCAGGUCACCCCCACUCAGUCCCACUCCCCUUCCUCAUCCCCAGCUGUGUCUCCCAGCCCCCACUACCUUCUAUGUUGUUUUGCAUGGCUUUGCAGUUAAGGAGAAAGUGGAACCCCGCAGUUCCUAAAGCUAGUCCCCAAAGGUCAGGACAGACAGAAAAGGACAGGCAAGAAGAGUAAGAGAGAGGGGAGUGGGGAGUGGGAGAGGCAAGGGCUCCCAGUCUGCAGGAUGGUGGCACUGAUAGCUGAGAGCUAACUGGCCUCUCCUGGUGACCUCGUGGGGGAGGGGGCCCCCAGCCUUCCAGACACUGCCCUUGAGUCUGAGACAGAAAACUCGAGGUUGCCAUUUCUGGCUGCUGCCGCUGCUGAUUAUCAACCCUUACAUUUGUAAGGUGAUUUUUAGCCUCCACAAAGUCCUGCCUAUUCAUUGGUUUGAGUCUCACAACACUCCACUUAGGUCACCAGGGCAAGAAUUCUUAUCCCCAUUUUACCAAUGAGGACAGAAGCAAAAUGACUUUCCCAAGGUGACCGGGAUGGCAAAGGAAAGGAGAACAAGAAUGCACCUGCUUUUCCCAGCCCAAGUGCUCUUCCCUUCUGGCCCAGCCCACUUCCGGAAGCAGAGCUCCGCCCUGGAUGUCCAGGGUCCUAAAGGAGUUGGGCUUAAAGCAGAGUCUGAAAUCCUGCUGGGCUCUUCUGAGGCUGAGCCUCACCACACUGGCCCUGGAUGUCUCCAGGAUGCCUGCGUACAAACACAGAGGUCCUUGGGACCCCAGUGAGCAAGGAUUGGUCUCAUGGAACAAACGCCAGCUCUGAGAGUUUGGGAAUCGGCCUGGGCAGCCAAGAGAGCUGGCUGGCGCAUCACCUGGGACACAAUCCCCGCCCACAGCGAGUGUUGGUACCUGUGUCCCAAGCAGCUAGAACCAGGCUGCAGCUGCAGGCAGAAACACCCCUGCCCCCAGGAGCCUGAGCCUAGCAAGCCUCUGCCCACCCCAUGCAGCUCAGAAGCUCAGGGGAAGCAGUCGAUGGAAGCACUGUCCUGGUUCGCUCUGUGGCUGGAGUUAGGAGAGCACUGGGGCAGCAUCACAGGUGGGUGAGGGUCCUCUCCCCCAUAGCACUGCCUUCCCAUGCUGUCCCCGGUCAGCCCCUCCCUGCUGCCCUGCCAGCCCAGCUCUAGUGUUCAUCAAAAAAGCCUGAGGGAGGACCUAUGGGGUGGUCAAACUCAGGCCAUGGCCUCUAGCCCUUGAGAGAUCCCCCAGGGGAAGAAGUCCCUGUGCAGGGAGGAGGAGCUGGCUGCUGUAUGCCACCAAGAAGGGGCCUAGAGCCAGAAAGGUGCCCUUUGUGUUUAUGUUGGGAGUGGGGCAGUGCUGGCUGCCCCUGUCCUGUAUGUGACCCUGCCCUCGAGGGUCAAGUCCUGUCAGACGUCAGACCCGAGGGAGCCACAACCAAAGCUGCAGAGAGGUGGUGGGAAAGCGGCAGAGAGGCCUGGGCAGAGCAUGGCAGACUGCUGGUCUCCGGCUGGGUCUUUCCUCAAGAACUGGAAGGCCGAUGUCACUUCCCUUCUCACCCCUCCAACUGCAGGCAGCCUUUCUGCUUCCCCGAUGCCUUAUGCCUGGGCACACUGCCACAGAAUAUGCAAUAUAUGUGGGUGACAUGCCCCACACCCACACCCCACCCGGGCAGCCCCUGAACUCCCCAGGCUGUGGCUGCCAGGCCCCCCUCAGCGCCCCCUGCCUAUCUGUCUUCACACUGAGAAUGGCGCCUAAUAAAUGCUGUCCAUGGAGA